AUGUUUAUGUUGAAGAGCUUGUUCGGCAAAAUAUGGAGUGAUCAGGAUAAUGUUGAGCUCGUUCAGCUGCCUGCUGGCUCGCUCUACCUGCUGCGCCCUGGUGGCUUGCAGGGGGCGCGUGAAUGCAUUUAUACGGAGGCCUUUGCCACCAUCCGUCGCACACCCACGCCACGGAAUUACCAGCUGGUGGUGACACGAUCGAUCGGCGAGAAGGAGUCGCCUGUGGACGAAUCGGAUAUCCUCGCGGACGAGCACUCGUUCUUGAUCGACGAGGCACUGCAGUUCCGCGCAUCGAUGCACGACGAUGCGCCUACUUUUGUCUGGCGCGAUUUGCAAGGCAACCCGAAUGACUACCUUGAGUUUGUGGUCGAUACGAAGCAGGUGAAUUCUGUCAUGCGCUCUGUGUUUGAAGUGACCUACCUACAAUGUGCAUGGGAACGCAAGACGGGGCGAAAUCAUGAAGAGGCGACCGAUGAGGAUCUUGAAGCGUUGAAAGUGCCAUCACCGUCCGCCAAGGCCGACGAAACGAAGACGGAGACGCCAAGUGCGCCUGCUGUGGCGUCUUCUUCAGUCGCCAUACCGACCAAGACGCGACCUCCGCAAGCGGAGUCGUUGCAAAGUGUCACUGGCUCGGCGGAGCCGAUCAUUGUACUUACAGCACGCGCCGAUUUGUACUUGUACGACCAAGCGAGUGGACUGUUUAUGCGCCAGGAAAAGAAUGUGACGGCCAAUGUAGCGGAGGCAGGCCGCUUCCUCUACUGGAUGGUCGUCGAUGGCGCGUCAGCGCCGUGGCUGAGCCAGGGCGUCGACUCGCGCAUGAACAUGAACUUUUCCCAGGAGAAUCUGAGUGCUGUCUGGAACUAUUACGAUGAGAACCAGCGUGUGUACUCUUGGCUCUUGCGCUUUAGUGACAAGAGUGCGUACCAUGCUUUCCAAGAAACGUUCUCGCAUUUGCUAUGGGAGACCCUGCAUGAGGAAAAGUGGGGUAAGGCAUCGGCGGUGGAGCAGCAGUAUGUUGAGCAAGCGUAUGAGCAGGAUGUGGCUAUGACCGAUGAGGCAGGUGCAUCGCAUGUGCACUCCCUGCUCUCGCCUCGCCAUACUUGUGCGCUGAGUGACGAUGACGACGAUGCAGAGGAAGUCGAAGCGGAGUUGGAUCCUAUGGAUGAGGACGACGACGAGACGUACGAGGAUGCGGAAGUGGAGGCUGCCACGCAGCUCGACGACACCCCUGUGAUGCCCGACAGCGCGCAUGGGGAGCGCAACUCGGCCUUGGCGGUGGGCUACAAGUCUGAUCGUGCGUUUGUGGUGCGUGGCGAUAAGAUUGGUGUGUUUAAGCAUACCGAUGACGACCGGCUUGAAUUUGCGACGGCCAUCAACCGCAUUACUACACCGCAAGGCCACUCUUUCGCGCCGAAGCGUGUGAUGCUGCAUGACCAGGACUCGGCGAUGGUACUGAUGGACCCGUCGAACCAGCAUGCGCUGUACCGCAUGGACCUGGAGUACGGCAAGGUCGUGGAGGAAUGGAAAGUGCACGAGGAUGUGCCUGUCCAGAACUUCCUUCCGUCGUCCAAAUACGCGCAAAUGUCCGCUGAGAAGACGUUUGUCGGUACAUCGCGCAAUGGCAUCUUCCGUAUCGAUCCGCGACUCAAUGGCAACAAGCUGGUCGACUCCCAAUUCAAGCAGUACACAAGCAAGAACGACUUUAGUGCUGCGGCUACCGAUGAGAAAGGCCGGUUGGCUGUCGCAUCGAACAAGGGCGACUUGCGCUUGUUUGAUCAGAUCGGUAAGAAUGCCAAGACCGCGCUUCCCGCGCUGGGCGAUCCCAUUCUCGGCGUCGAUGUCUCUGCGGACGGUCGUUGGGUCAUUGCUACGUGCCGAACCUACUUGCUGCUGAUCGAUACACUAAUCAACGAUGGUCGGUACCAAGGCCAGCUGGGCUUUGACCGCAGCUUCCCUGCGGAUGCCCGCCCGUUGCCUCGCCGCUUGCAAUUGCGGCCGCAUCAUGUGGCGUACAUGGAAUCGGAGGUGCACUUUACACCGGCUCACUUUAAUACCGGCUCCGAUGCCGAGACGUCCAUCGUGACAUCGACGGGCAACUAUGUCGUGUCGUGGUCCUUCGAUGCUGUGAAGAAAGGCAAUCCCUACGCGUAUGUCCUCAAACGCUACGGCGGCACCGUCGUCCGGGACGACUACACGUACGGCUCCGAUCAAUCGAUUGUUGUGGCGUUUGAGAACGAUGUACAGCUUGCGAAGCGCGCACAGCUGCGCAAACCCACGCGCGCGUCGUUGGCACCCUCGGCAUGGUCGUCCGCCCCUCGUUCCAGUGACGUGCGUGCGCGUCGCAAGACCCAAAGCUAG